CGUCCCCAAGCGCCAACCCGGGCCGCCGUCGCGGAGAAGUGCCGUUUUGCGCGGUCACGGGGGCGCCUGAAACCCACGUGCGCCACGGAGCCGAGGUGGCCUCAAGCUAGGCGGUUGACAGCAGAGCCUGCCUGGGCCACCACCCGUGCUCCUCCCGGAGGAAAGGAUUUUGAUUUCAAAGAAAGGAAGGAAGGAAGGACAACUCCCAGCUUCCCUGUCCCGCCCUCUCGGCUCCGGCGGCCCGGUCGGGCCAUGCCCAGGAAGGAGGUGGCGGCCCAGCAGAGGGGACUUUCCUGGCAGCCUGGCGGCAAGGAGCUCGGACUGUGAGCUUGCCUUGCCCCGGUUCAUGCUUCCUGCAAGCCCUCUAGGAGGCUGGACGCCGCAGCCCCGCCCCGUGUCCCAAAGAGCUUCUGGCGUUUUCUGGCCCUCCGUCCCGCCCUGUGCCGCUUGGCCACCGGCCGCCGCAGCUCAGUGCCCUCCGCCCGCGGCGGUGGAUGGCAUGAUGGUUCGGGGAAGGCACCGCGGCCUUGGCCUGCACAGUCGCGACAGCCGCGGGGGCAGCGGCAGUGGCAGUGGUGGCGGUAGCGGGCUCCCCAGCGGCAUGCCAGUGCCCCCCGGGCGCGAUGGCUAGUGGCAGCGCUGGGAAGCCCACCGGCGAGGCGGCUUCUCCAGCUCCUGCGAUCACCGUCGGCGGGACCAGCUCGCAGUCGCGGAAGAGGCUGGUGUCAGUCUGUGACCACUGCAAGGGCAAGAUGCAGCUGGUGGCCGACCUGCUGCUGCUGUCGAGCGAGGCGCGUCCAGUGCUCGUGGAGGGCCUGGCUUCCUCCUGUGCCGGCACCGAGUCCUUCGAGCAGUGCCGGGACACCAUCAUCGCGCGCACCAAGGGGCUCUCCAUCCUCACCCAUGACGUGCAGAGCCAGCUCAACAUGGGACGUUUCGGAGAGGCGGGGGACAGUCUGGUGGAGCUGGGCGACCUGGUUGUGUCGCUGACCGAGUGCUCUGCCCACGCGGCCUACCUGGCAGCUGUGGCCACGCCAGGUGCGCAGCCCGCACAGCCGGGCCUGGUGGACCGCUACCGUGUGACACGUUGCCGCCACGAGGUGGAACAGGGCUGCGCGCUGCUUCGAGCCACGCCACUGGCUGACAUGACACCUCAGUUGUUGCUGGAGGUGUCACAGGGCCUGUCUCGAAACCUCAAGUUCCUGACGGACGCGUGCGCCCUGGCCAGCGACAAGUCUCGGGACCGUUUUUCACGCGAGCAGUUCAAGCUGGGCGUCAAAUGCAUGAGCACCAGCGCCUCUGCGCUGCUGGCCUGCGUGCGCGAGGUGAAAGCAGCGCCCAGCGAGUUGGCACGCAGCCGCUGCGCGCUCUUCAGUGGGCCCCUGGUGCAGUCUGUGAGCGCCCUGGUGGGCUUUGCCACCGAGCCGCAGUUCCUGGGUCGGGCGGCAGCCGUGAGCACGGAGGGCAAGGCUGUGCAGACUGCCAUCCUGGGCGGUGCCAUGAGCGUGGUGUCCGCCUGCGUGCUCCUGACCCAGUGCCUCAGGGAUCUAGCGCAGCACCCCGAUGGGGGCGCCAAGAUGUCGGACCACAGGGAGAGGCUGAGGAACUCGGCCUGCGCCGUGUCUGAAGGCUGCACCCUGCUAUCUCAGGCUUUAAGGGAGAGGUCUUCGCCCAGGACUUUACCGCCAGUGAAUUCCAAUUCUGUGAAUUAGCACCGCCACCCCCCCUCCCAUGCCCCUUCUUCCAUCCCAGACUAAAGGAAGAUACUGAUUGUCUGCCCCUUUCCAUUUAUACCAAAGAAAUCAUAGGUGAAAUCCACUCCCCGCGCCCCUUCCUAAAUGGGCCUUGCACAAAACUUACACGCACUAAGAGGGCUCAGGUGCCCACCAGCCUAUACACAGUGGGGACUGGGAGAUAGAAGACGAGUAAUACUUACCCCACUCUCACCCCCACCCCAGUCCAUCUUCCAGAAUUUCACAACCAAAUUUUAUUAAUUGGGCAGGAAGAAGGUCAUGGGUUCAUUUCUUUUUUGAUUUUUUUUUUUUUUUUAAUUAAGAAAAAAAAUUACCUCAGUUUUCACUCCUUAGACUUGGAUGUAGCUACCUUUUUUGUAUGUUUUUAAGCAGUCGUGUUGGACUAGGAGUAUACUUGGUGUGGAAAGAGUAUGCCUUUGCCAUGUGAUUUGCAAAUGGGGGUAAAAGCUACUGUGAGUGUGUGUUUUAUUUUUUUUAAUUUACACUAUAGAGUGAUUCUUCCCCUCCUCCCCCCAAUGUCAAGUUUUUACCUUGCAUGUACUGGAGUAUUUAUUUCAUCUAUUAAAAUGUUAUGUUUCUCA